AUUGCCGCCCUCUUCUUUGUGUCCAUGGAAUAUUAGCUUAUUAGCCUAUAAAAGAGCAUGCUGAAAGUCCAUUUGAAUUACAACUCGAGCUCUCUUGUUUGCUUGGAUUUCAUUUCAUGGCUGGUUUUUGGGACUAUGCCAUGUCUAUUAGUUUUCUCCUGGUGGCUUUCUUCUGUGCUUGCUUUCUUCCCAUAACAGCUGAGCUUCAGCGGCUCGAACACCCGGUUAAAGCCGACGGCUCGCUUAGCUUUUUGGUGAUUGGAGACUGGGGAAGAAGGGGACAUUACAAUCAAUCUGAUGUUGCUUAUCAGAUGGGAAGAAUUGGGGAGAAGUUGAGCAUAGAUUUUGUAGUUUCUACUGGAGACAACUUUUAUGAGGAUGGACUUACCAGCAUAGAUGACCCUGCAUUUGAGAAGUCAUUCGCCAAGAUCUACACUGCUAAGAGCCUGCAGAAGCAAUGGUACAACAUUUUGGGCAACCAUGAUUACAGAGGAGAUGUUGAGGCACAAUUGAAUCCAAUUCUUAGGAGAGUUGAUAGCAGAUGGCUUUGUCUAAGAUCCUUUGUUCUCAACUCAGAAAUUGUGGAGUUUUUCUUCAUCGACACGACUCCUUUCGUUGAUAAGUACUUUCUGAGGCCAAAGCACCAUACUUAUGAUUGGAGAGGUGUGCUUCCGAGGAAAGAAUACCUCUCGAAGCUCUUAAAGGAUCUUGAUUCAGCUCUGAGGGAUUCCACUGCAAACUGGAAAAUUGUCGUUGGACAUCAUACUAUAAGAAGCAUAGGGCAUCACAGAGACACCAGGGAGCUUGUAAUGCAGGUUCUACCAAUAUUAGAGGAGCAUAGCGUUGACAUAUACAUAAAUGGGCAUGACCAUUGCUUGGAACACAUGAGCAGCAAAAGCAGCAACAUCCAAUUUUUAACCAGCGGAGGAGGUUCAAAGGCAUGGAAAGGUGAUAUAGGCAAAUUGGGCCAAGAUUUAUUGAAGUUUUACUAUGAUGGGCAAGGAUUUUUAUCUGUUGAACUUAAGCAGACCGAAGCGAAGAUUGUAUUUUAUGACAUAUUUGGCAAAGUCUUGCACAAUUUCAAUAUUUCUAAGGGGCUCUUCUCUACAAUGUAGAUAAGUAAUCAUAAUAUGAUGUCUCUUAUCUCUAAUAAAUGAAUUUCCUAGUUUGGGUAGUAA